CAUAAAAAAUAAAAGCGAAGCAGAGUCCGGAGCAGAAACUCCUCAGUAGACACACGAAGCCGAGCGGUGCGGGAGCGUGCGUGAUGAGCGGUGCGGUGACAGCGAUGCGUGGAUAGAAGGGAUACACACAAACACACACAUACACACGCACACAGAGACAGAGAUCACAGCCGCAGCUGCCUGACACCAUGGAGGACCUGUGCGAGAUGGACGUGUCGGUGCUCAAGCGGCUCCUGAAGGACGACAGCGCCAAGUGCCUGCUGCUGGACUGCCGCUCGUUCCUCGCCUUCAGCGCGGGACACAUCCGCGGCGCCGUCAACGCGCGCUGCAACACGAUCGUGCGCCGCCGGGCGAAGGGCUCCGCGCUCAGCCUGGACCAGGUGCUGGCCGGGGACGAGGAGGUGCGCGGCCGCCUGCGCUCCGGCAUGUUCUCCGCGGUGGUGCUGUACGACGAGAGGACGCCGGACGCGGACACGGUGAAGGAGGACAGCACCGUGACGCUGGUGCUGCACGCGCUGUGCGGGGACUCGGCCGCCACGGACACGUACCUGCUGAAAGGCGGAUACGACCGGUUUUUCUCAGAAUACCCAGAGUUUUGUCUAAAGACCAAAUCCUUACCGUCCCUCAGCAGCCAGUCCAGCGUGGACUCGUCCUGCUCGUCCUGUGGGACGCCGCAUCACGACCAGGCCGGCCCGGUGGAGAUCCUCCCGUUCCUCUACCUCGGCAGCGCCCUCCACGCCUCGAAGAAGGAGGUGCUGGACGCCAUCGGCAUCUCCGCCCUGCUCAACGUGUCCGCCGACUGUCCCAACCACUUCGAGGGGGCGUACCAGUACAAGUGCAUCCCAGUGCAGGACAACCAUAAAGAGGACAUCAGCUGCUGGUUCCUGGAGGCCAUCGAGUUCAUAGACUCCGUGCGGGACUCCAGUGGGCGAGUGCUGAUCCACUGUCAGGCGGGCAUCUCCCGCUCCGCCACCAUCUGCCUGGCCUACCUGAUGAAGAGGAAGCGCGUGCGUCUGGACGAAGCCUUCGAGUUCGUGCGCCGGCGCCGCAGCAUCAUCUCGCCCAACUUCAGCUUCAUGGGCCAGCUGCUGCAGUUCGAGUCCCAGCUGCUCGCCACCUCCUGUGCUGCCGAGGCGGCCGCCACGUCCAGCCCGCUCCUCGGACCCAAGUCGUCCACGGCCGUCACCUCCACCGCUGCUACGCCCACGUCGCCCUUCAUCUUCAACUUCCCCGUGUCCGUGGUGAACCCCACCUACCUGCACCACAGCCCGCUCACGACCUCGCCCGGCUGCUGA